UUUCUUUAGGAGACAAUUGAAGAAGUUGAGGAGAUGUUGAAUAAUCUUCCUGGAGUGACAUCUGUUCACAGCCGCUUCUAUGAUCUCUCUAGCAAGUAUUAUCAAACAAUUGGGAAUCAUGCCUCUUACUACAAGGAUGCAUUAAGGUUCCUGGGCUGCAUAGAUGUCAAAGACCUGCCAGUGGCAGACCAGCAGGAAAGGGCUUUUACUUUAGGGUUGGCAGGACUCUUGGGUGAAGGAGUCUAUAACUUCGGGGAACUGCUUAUGCAUCCUGUACUGGAAUCUUUGAGGGACACUGACAGACAAUGGCUGAUUGAUACACUCUAUGCCUUCAAUAGUGGCAAUGUGGAAAAAUUCCAAGCAUUGAAAUCAUCAUGGGGCCAACAGCCAGACUUGGCUGCAAAUGAAACACUUCUGUUGCAGAAAAUCCAACUACUGUGCUUAAUGGAGGUAGGUCCUGCAACAAAGAUAGCACUAUUGCUAGUUAUCUGAAUAACUUUUUGGUGA